AUGGCCGAAUACCUCCCGUUUAAGGAACUUUUUGAGCAUCUGUCUAAAUAUGUGAAGGAUGAAGAGCAGUGUUGGAAACACUGCAUGCGCAUCAAACGAUGUGUUCGAAACCAGGAGGAGUGUGGUGGCUAUGGAAAGGAUCAGCGAUACUUCGAAGGUGAGUAA